AUGGCAGCUCUUGCCCUGCCUACAACAGGAAAUGUGAAGAAGGCUGUAGCUGAAACAACGGAAAAGCACACCACACCACACCAUGUUCAAGUGACAACUCCAAGAGCCAAUAGUACAGCCCACAGCAGCGGGACCUCUGGGAAUAAAACCACUGCUCCUGUGCCAACAGCCCCAACUGAGCCAACCCUUGCACCCAAACCGUCACCAGCUGCAACUGGGGCUUAUAGUGUUUCCAAUGGAACUGUAAAUUGCAUUAAAGCAGAAAUUGGUUUGACAAUGAUAGUUAAAAGAAGAAAAACAAAUGGAGGGGUCUAUUUUGUCAGUGUGACAGUUCCCUCUGAAGGUUCAAUGUACAGUGGAAUUAAAAGCGGCCAGCUCUUUUCAGCUCCACUAGGGAAUUGCUUUAAGUGUCUCAGCAAGCAAACCAUGGACAUGUCUGAUGAUCUUCAACUGGUGUUUUCCAAUUCUCAACUUCAAGCCUUCAAUAUCACUGGGAACCAAUUUGGGAAAGAGGAAGAGUGUGCUCUUGACAGAAACAAGAGGCUGAUUCCAGUUAUGGUGGGCCUCAGUUUUGUGGGAUUAUUCAUUGUUGUCCUCGUCACCUGCGUGAUUUACAGAAGAAAACACAAUGCAGGAUACGAUCGAAUCUGA